UUCCGCCCCCUUUUUCAUUUUGACACAUUUUUGCUUUUGUCUUUUUUAUUAUGACGCGAUCCAAGCAGAGCAGCUGCGGUUGCACUUUUAAAUAAACGUGACAACAACACCAGACAGACAGGUCUAUUGGGAGCUAUUUGCUGAAGGCCGCGGAUUGUUUCCUCGUCGCCAUUUUUCAGGCGUAAAAUAAAAAAGAGCUCGGUGGAAUGAUGGACACAGACUACUCCUCCGGAUUGGAAAACCCUCUGUACAGCGAGCUGAAAUACUUCUGCAGGAAAAUAAAAGAGGCCUACAACGAGCUGAAGGAGGAUUUAACACCUUAUCGUGAUGAUCGCUUUUACAGGCUGGCCCCCAUGCGGCUCUAUACUUUGUCUAAAAGACAUUUUGUUCUGGUCUUCGUGGUGUUCCUGAUAUGCUUUGGCCUCACAGUCUUCAUUGGGCUUGCAGGUCCAGAGAUUAUUGCAGAGCAGGAGCAUAAUGGUGAUCAGUUAGUGGCCAAAAAUGUUUCUGUGAAGACGGGGCCUUUUAAUUUAGUUUCUCCACCUCUGACCACCUAUAACCAGCAGCUGUGGCUGACCCUUGUGAUUCAGACCGGAAACAACAACAUGAAAGACUUCAAGCAGCCCUUUGAGAUCAAUGUGGAUCUUAAAGGAGUGAGGCAGGACGCCAGCGUGAUUCGCAUCAAGACUGUUGAGAGGAAAAUGCGGACUCUGCACUGUGGAGCAAUAUGUGAUGAGAUCAUUGUGCUGCAUCUGGGUUACAUGAACUACACUCAGUAUCAGGUUACAGUCAGCUUCAAAGACCUUGAAAAUGUCUCCUAUGAAAUCAAGGUUAAAUUUGUGUGGAAAACGUACAAUCCCACCUUCUCUCAAGUGGAAAUUUGGUUCCGUUUUGUCUUUGUGGUUUUGACUUUUAUGGUAACGUGUAUGUUUGCACAUUCUCUGAGGAAGUUCUCCAUGAGGGAUUGGGGCAUCGAGCAGAAGUGGAUGUCUGUUCUGCUUCCUUUGUUGCUGCUCUACAAUGAUCCAUUCUUCCCGCUGUCAUUCCUGGUGAACAGUUGGUUUCCAGGAACCUUAGAUGCUUUUUUCCAGGCUCUCUUCCUGUGUGCUCUGCUCCUCUUCUGGCUCUGUGUCUACCAUGGCAUCAGGGUUCAAGGCGAGAGGAAAUUCCUCACCUUCUACCUUCCGAAGCUGGUCAUCGUAGGUCUGCUGUGGCUGUCGGCCGUCACACUUGGCAUAUGGCAGACGGUUAAUGAGCUCCAGGAUCCCACCUUUUCCAUCAAUCUGGAUAUUGCAAACUUCCAGGGGAUGAAGGUGUUCUUCCUCAUUGUGGUUGCCUUCUACAUCCUCUACCUGAUAUUCCUGCUUGUGCGAGCUUGUUCCGAACUAAAGAAUAUGCCUUACUCAGAUCUUCGACUCAAGUUUUUGACAGCACUGACGUUUGUAGUCCUUGUUAUAAGCAUGGUUAUUCUGUACUUGAGGUUUGGUGCCAAGGCUCUUCAAGAUAACUUUGUGGCUGAAUUAUCGACCCAUUAUCAUAACUCAGCUGAAUUUUUAUCCUUCUAUGGCCUGCUCAACUUUUAUUUGUACACAUUAGCGUUUGUGUACUCUCCCUCGAAAAAUGCCCUGUAUGACUCUCAGCUGAAGGAUAACCCCGCCUUCUCCAUGGUAAACGACUCAGAUGAUGAAGUCAUUUAUGGGAGUGAUUAUGAGGACUUGCCUUUACAGAACGGACGUGCUAACAAAGUAACAACAAAGUACCAGGAUGACAGCGACAGCGACUGAUCAAAAAUAAAACAUCUCGUCUCUCCAGGGUUGGAAACGUUGAAGAUUCAGGGCAGAUUAUCAUUUGUGUUUGCAAACGAGGCAUCUGCUUCUGUAAAUAAAAUAUUAUACUCUGUAUAUAGAUAUAUAUAUUUUUAAAAGGAAGAUAAACUACAUCUCCACUGAAUGUACUGUACUUUCGAAAGUGAGUGAACCGCUCACACGGCGGCAUUACUAAUGUAAAGCGACAGUUUUUACUGGAUUGUAAACAGUUUUCUCAGCAUAUCUGGCUCUUCUUUUCAAUCUCAUCAUUUGGAAGAAAGGGAAAAGUGCCGCUACAAGUUGGUUGGUCGGGUAAAAACAUUUUAGUUUCUGGUUAAACCACUGUAUUCCAUUUUGUAUCAUUCCUUUUUGCGUUUCUGAGUAGAAACCACUGAAAGAUGCACAUCAGUAACCCCUCAGCUUAGAUGGCAGGCAAAUUCCUCUGGAAAAACAUUCAUUAAACCUCUUUAUUCUCAGAUAAAAACACAUGAGGAGCCUUAAUUUCAACAGGUACCACCACUAUCACCACUUUUGAAAGGCAGAUGUAAAUGUGCACUUUUCUCACCUGAUAUGUAUUUUGCCAUGAAGUGAUUUGAUUUUGACUGAUCAGUUUUUCCGGAUUCUUUCUACUAACAAGCCGCUUGGUUAACUUAUCGCAGCAUGUACAGAUCAUAUUGAAAAGUUUCACCUUAAGGUCUUUAAAUCAAAACUUUAACUGUAUUGCCAAUGUUCUACUUGCCUCCCUUUCAUGUUUUUAUGAGUCCGGAGCUUAUGGACAAAGACAGCCAAAACAAAUGUGUUCCUGUUUAUUACAGGUGUUUUAAUCAAGAUGGUGCCUUGUCUUUACCCCUUUCCCUCUGAAUAAGCUCCCAUCUCAGAUCUGUAAAUAUAAAUAUAUAAAAAAAAUCAUUGUAAAUGUUGCUUAUGUUGGCUAAACAUGGUUAUUUUUUAAUUUGUUUUCCUUUUUCGGUUAAAGGCUGUACAUGUGGCAGUGUCUUAAUGUGCAAAUAAAGCAAAGUGGAU